GUUGGCUCUGAGAGCUUGACGAAACGAGAUCGGUGACAGUGAUUCUCCCCGAAUAUCUCGCCAAAUCACGUGCGCUUGUAACGUAAAGUUCUCAACGCUUUCGAACACGACGCUAAUACAAAAAAUCGGCAGAAAUAAGUUGAGAUAAAAUCGGUUUUCCAUUUCGUUUACACUCGCGUAUUUUCAGAGAGAGAAAUUAUUUAAAAAAAAAAUCGAAAUUUAAUUCAGUUCGCAGUAAUCAUUCAGACCCGAUUGUGAUUUAAUUUGUUCAUUCGCUUGUCCGCAUACAAGCUUUGAUUGACUCAUUCAAACCACCUGCAAAAGAAGAAUCUGUCUAAUUAAUUUUCGCAGUAUUGUCAGAUUAAAACGCGAUUAAUUAUACAUUCCCCGUUUUUGCAACUGUAUAAAUGAUAAUUUCUUUUACAGACAUGUUUUUCUUCCGUAUAUUAUCCAACGAUGUACUUAAACGUGGACGAUGCGAAAGCGGAUAAAAAGGAGGAUUUACAUUACACCGCGUGGCAGGGAACCGGGUGAUAAAAUUUAUCAUUUCGAACAAAACGUUACCGGCGAUCCGUGGAAAAACUAAACGAAGUCAUUGCCGGCUACAGUUGUUAGAAAAUUAACUUCUCCGGGUCGAAUGUUUAUCAAUCAGCUUGUGAAAUAACCCGGAUACACGUAUUUCGGGCUUGCCACUGGAGUUUCCGCAAGCUCUCCGCAAGCUCCGCGAAUCUGUCCGACUGUUUUGAUGUUUUGACAGAGCGUUCGCGUUACGCCUAUCCCAGCAUAAAUCCACGAAAAUAAACCGGAUUAGCGAGAAUUCACGAGAAUUGUGCAACGCGGAAUAAUUUCACCCUAAUUGCGGUAAUCGAGAAGCAGUGAAACCGCGGCGAGGAGCAGCGGAUAUAAAAUUAUAACAAGAGUUAUAACACCGGAGGAGAUGACGAAGAAUCGGACUUGCAACAGUACGAAUGUUUAGCGUUAAAAAUACGGUUCUCAAGUUUGAACAUUCAAAUUCGCGGGAGGCGUUCAAAAAUGUGUUGCUGCAGCCGUUACUGGUGAUUGACAAAAUACACAGAGAAAUCCAAGAUGCUGGAGUACUGGAUGGCCAGCAAUGUCUCGUGGGCAAAUAACUCUGACUAUCAGCUCGAAGACGUCUUGGAGGAUCCGGGAUUGGCGGAACUGUUCGCCGACUAUCCUCGUUCCUUGCUCUACUUCGCCGCCGGAUGCUGCGUGCUAUUCAUGCUCAUCGGGAUCCCGGGGAAUCUAAUCACCGUCGCCGCUCUAUUCCGAACGAAGAAGCUUCGCAACGCGACGGCAGUCUUCAUAAUGAACUUGUCCGUCUCGGACUUGAUGUUCUGUUGCUUUAAUUUGCCGCUGGCAACGUCGACCUUUUGGCACAGCGCUUGGCUCCAUGGACAGCUUCUUUGCCGUUUGUUUCCGCUGCUGAGGUACAGCUUGGUGGCCGUUAGUAUCUUCACCGUCUUGGCCAUCACCAUCAAUCGAUACGUCAUGAUUGGACAUCCCCGGCUCUAUCCGAGACUCUACAAGCCGAAGUACCUGGUCCUGAUGCUCGUCGCCAUAUGGAUUUGCGGUUUCGGAGCUUUGGUGGCGACGUGGUUCGGUCAAUGGGGUCGUUUCGGCCUGGACCCGGCGAUCGGCUCCUGUUCCAUUCUGCCCGAUGUCCACGGGCGGAGCCCUAAGGAGUUCCUCUUCAUCCUGGCCUUCCUCACCCCUUGUCUGGCGAUCAUAGUCUGUUACGCGAGGAUAUUUUACAUCGUAAGGAAGACGGCGCUCAGAAGCAGACGCAACAAGCUUGGAAAAGACCAGGCGAAGUCGAACCUCGAGGUGAAGUACACCAAGGGCCAGAACCUCGAGGACUCCGCGAUCGGCUCGAGCUGCGUGGCGACGAUGACGACGGAGAACGGAAGCUCGCCGACCAGGCAGGACAAGCUCAGCUUCAUCGGCGCCGCAUCCCCGAGACUCAGCUCGAGCUACCAGAACUUCCGUCAAUCCUCGAAGUUCGAAUACGUCGCUCAGUGCUCGCCGAGGCUGGAUGGAAGGUACCGAAGAUCCUCGGCCAGCUCCGAGCAAGGAUCGAGGAAGGAGAACGGAGCGAAGUUCGUUGUCAAUCUUCGAAACUCCUCGGUGAAUUUGUCCGGAAUGCGUAGCGAGUACAAAAACGAUUCGGGCAAGAGCCAAUCGGUGAGCUUCGGCUUGGCCGAAGAUGCGAAGAACAGGGAUCGAGAGAACGGCGGGACUCCGGGAAACCCCCUUACCGAUACGAAGAAGAACACCACCGGGGUUUUUAGCGUGAGCAACAACAACCUUACCGACCGAGACAAGGAGUCCAAGUCCAGUCUCGAGGAGCGGGACGACGAGAUUCCGUUCAUGGACAGCAACGUUCAGGGGAGAAACGGGGAGCCUGAAACACCCACGGGGAAGAACCCGAAGCCGAGACUCUUCGAUACCAGGCCGCAGAUCAGGUUCGAGGAGGUUUACGUCGAGGCGCACGGUGACAACCAGAAUAUCAUCAACGCCGAGAGCGUCGGCGACGAUCAGCGCUCGCGGCGAUUCGAGGUGAACAGCCUGCAGGUGCCGAGGAGAUUCCAGGGGAUUCAAAACUCAUCGGAGAGUCUCCUAACCUCGCAGAUGUCGCGAUACGACGAGAUAUCCGAGGACUUUGUCAGUUCGCGGUCGGAUUCGCCGUCGGAGAAACGCUCCGGCAAGAAGUCGAACGUUAUAAGACGAGAGUCCCGAUUUCGAAGCGUGAGGACGCGGCAGUUUGAGACGGGAAAGCUCACCACGAAGGACAAGAAGCUGCUUAAGAUGAUAAUGGUGAUAUUCGUGUCCUUCCUUAUAUGCUACUUGCCCAUCACCAUUACCAAGACUUUCAAGGACAUGGUCGAUUGGCGGGGCCUCAACAUCGCUGGGUACAUUCUCAUAUAUCUGACAACGUGUAUCAACCCGAUAAUAUACGUUGUUAUGAGUUCCGAAUACAGAAGCGCCUACAAAAACGUUCUUCUAUGUCGGAGCGACUCCGUGUCGGGCAAACCGAAUUCCGCCCCCGUUCUUCACGAGAAAAAGAAAUCCACCUUGAAAUAGACAACGAAUAUUACUAUUAUCGUCACUAUUAUUGUUAGUGUUAUGUACCGUCAGCUCUGAAAGUAUAAUGGCGAAAUGAUGUAUGAUUAUACCUAUACAUCGUUUAAUCAUCGUAAAAAAGUUACGCACGAUCACCUUCUGCGGCUACAUUCAAUUGGGCAACUGUCUGAAAACUUUAUGUAUAGAAUAAUACAAGGCGGCGAAAAAAUUCGGUGCAAAAUACUCGUUGUAAUACCCCAAAGUUUGUUUAGCUUCUGGUACGUCGAAUGAUUGAUAAAGUUCGGACGAUGUAGCAGAAUAUUAUAAUAAAUGAUAAAUUCGUAAGUUUUGUUCGUUCUCUUGUUAAUUAUAUAGAUACGUAUGUUCAAUUUUGUUACUGAAACGUACAGCUAAAUUUUUGAUUUCCCUUCCAUUCGAAAUAAAUACUAGUGAAAAUCUAAAAAUUUGUCCACGUUACUAAAUUGCAUUACGAGUAUUAAAGAGAUCCAAGUUUUAUGGAUAAAAUUGGAGGGUUUCGAGUGUUUUUGUAUUGUUUUUUGUUCGUUAAUCCGAAUUCCUCAAUAUAAAUCAGAUAUGAGAUGAGAAUUUAAUGUUGGGAUGCCGAAUUCUGAGCACAGGGUCGCAAUGAUAUUAAGACAUUUCAGAGAAUAUCGAAACGGUUACAAAACAAUUGCUGCGGUGUAAAUGUGUUACGUAAUUUACUCAUAAGUAUAAUAAAUCUAUAGACAUCAUAAACUGACUUAAUUUAUACAUUAUAAAUUGGUUAUUCAUAUAAUUUUAAUGUUGUUUAAUUACUCGAGCGUUAGUCAGAGGUACGUUACGUGUACUUACUUUAAAUAAUAAUAACAACAAUAAGAAUAAUAAUAAUAAAAAUUAUUAUUGUUAUUAUUAUACGGACAAAAACAGCACUGAGUUAUAGUGCAGAUUUUAAGAGGAUCUUUGAAAUACCUAUAUAUAAUAUUAUAUAAUCAUUUCCUUAAAGACUGAAUAUUUUUAAGGCUUGUGACGAAUGCGAUUUUUGAAAUUGAAUUUAACGAACAAACAACGAAAAUAAACAAAAAGAAACACGAAUAUUCAAAGGAGCCAAGUGUUACUCGUUUUGUUACAGUAUUGUAUAGAUUGAAAUAUCUAUAUAGACACACAUACAUAUUCACGCACUCACACUUUAAACAUUAUAUGCAGUAUGUACAAGGUUGCUCUACUGAAAUUAGCGCAAAGAAAAAAUCUCUUCAAUCUGUUAUUCAGUUGAAUAGAUAUUGAAAAAUUUCAAAAUUACACUUGACUUAGAUGUGCAGAUAUAAGUUAGAUUUUUUCAAACGAAUGCUUUAGAUUAGUUUUACAAAAGUUCACAAAUUUCCAAUUUCCAAAGAGAAAAGCUUUUUUUCAAUUACAUACAUACACUUUGAUUUCUUUGCGUCGUCUGCCUUGUACAUAUUAGUCAAUCUUUACUGGCGUUUCAGCUAUGAUUACGCAUGGGAGUCUAAUAACAUUAUAUCCAUAUUAUGGAAUUUUUAUUUAUAUAUAUAUAUAUAUAUGAAUAAUAUGACGAAAAAUUGUUUUUAUUCGAUUAAAAAUCUGUCUACUAUUAUAAGCAUAUAUGGUUGCUGUAUGUUCUCCUACUGUAUACAUUCGGUUCAUUAUUAUCGUUAGAAUAUAAAGUUUAUAAAUAACUAACGUGUCGGAAACUCAUAGCAUUGCUUGUUGAAUGUAAAAUUUCUAUUCCAAACUAUAUUGUAGCGAAGUAUGUGUGUUUAGGAUGAUCAUAUAUAAUAACAAAUAGAUCACGUUAUGAUCUUAAUACAACCUAUCGUUCCUUAUGUUUAACAAUAAUUUGAGCAAUAAAUCAUGUUUCUCAUUGAACAAAUUAGCGUCAAUGUCUGAUUUUUUAAAAAAUUUAAUCAUUCUGUAAUCAUGAACUAUCAUCUAAACCACAACAUUGACGAGCCACACAUUGAAAAUAAAGAAAGAAAACAGAUCAGGUGAACAUUGAGAUUAAAAAGAAAAAAAAAAAAAAAAUAAGUGGAAGUACUAUUUGUGUGACUAGAGUAAUAAGUCUAGGACGAUGUAACAAGCUCGUCUAAACGGAUAUUAUAGAGUAUGUUGUACGUAUUACCAUUACAUGUAGCACGACGCAAUGUAAAUUAAAGAUUAACUUGCGAUUUACGUCAGCAUAUAAACUGA